AUGGAUAUACCAUUUGAAGCUCGGAUCCCCCGUGAUCCCAAGUUCAAAGCCGAAAACAGCAGCGAUGCUUUCGUAGCCCUGGCGAAAUGGGCAGUGGAUUACUCAACCGCUGAGGGGGUCAAAGCAGGCUACAAAGCAGCCUUCCAGUCCGGUCAAGAAAGAUUAUCUGGUUUCUUUUCAAGCCUCCAAGGGUCAUCUAGUCAAAAGCCCGACUUGCCAACAGAGAAGUUGGUUUACUCGCCGCUUAAAGACGCAAAGGGAAUACGUCUUGUUCAGGUCGAAGUCAAUGACUCGGUCCUUUCUCUGACUACGAAAACUUACUCCGCAUCCGAGAUACCGCCUUAUGUCUGUCUAUCUUACGUCUGGAUCGAUUUCGGACCGAUGUGGAAUCGUGGUCGCGACUUUCGUGAGACUGAGCUUGAGGUUCCUCACUUCAGCCAUGCCGAUACAGUCGAUAUAGCAAUUAACAGCAAACUAUUCCCCAUCGGUGCUAACUUGCACGCUGCCCUCCUUGGCUUACACAAAUACCUCAACGGCAGACCUAUCUGGACCGACGCUGUAUGUAUUAACCAAGACGACACGGAUGAGAAGACUGUCCAGGUUUCUCGCAUGGAUGAGAUAUACAGUGCAGCUGGAAAGGUCUUCAUAUGGCUUGGUAGAAAGCAUACGGAACGAACAGCGGCGAUGAACAUUCUCAAAGCGUGGCCGGCAUUUCCAGAAGACCCAGACAAUGCCGACAUCCUAUUCCACGGCAAAAAGUACGCUUCUGCAAGGGCCUUUUUUGAUGCCACUUCAACAGGCUCGGAGCUGAUAUCAUGGCUCAGUCUCCUCCGGAUAGUCACAGAGAGUUGGUGGAGUCGUGUCUGGACUGUUCAAGAGUUCAUACUUGCAAAGGAAUAUGCCUUCUACUAUAAUGGCGAAGAAGUACCGGCGUCAGAGCUGAAGAAGGCCAUGGACUGGACAUACUUUGUUGCGAGUCACUUGUCGCCAAAGAUGGUGCCUCAUUGGGUUACCUUUCAGCCUUCGAUGUUUGACUUGAAGAAGGCUAGGCGAAAGCUCCACCUCCUUGAUGUGACGAUGCUUGGAGGUACGAGAAUGGCUGGUGAUCCGCGUGACAAGGUCUGGGCCUUUCUCGGCAUCACAGAUCAAACAACGCUUGGCAGGGAACCUCUCAAACCAAAUUACAGCAAUCGAAAUAUGGGCGACUUCUACCUCGACAUAGCUCAACGUCUCAUCAGCGGUGACGCAGGUCUUCUCGUCCUAUCUUUGGUCAACCAUCCUCUUCCUCGGGAGGCAUACAAGUUUACGUCGAAGAAACCAAUCUGCAACAAGUUACUUGACAGACACAAGGCCAAGAAGCGAUUUCCUAAGAAGCAACCAGAUUGGGCGCCGCUGGAAGAAGAUGUCUUUGACGCUGCCCUCCAGCCAGAUUGGUCUGGAAAGGGGGCUGGCUAUCCAAGCUGGGUUCCAAAGAUGGCGAGCGCCGUUGCGACUGAGCCACUGUUCCUGAAAGAGAUGAAGGCUCAAAAGGCUCGGGGGAGACGGCUUUAUGAUCACAAUUGGCGAGUCUUUCACGCGGCUUCUCAUGUAAAGGGUGAUUACUCGUUGUCUGGAAACGGAAGAAUACUCUCAGUGAGCGCUCAUAUCUUGGAUAGAAUCACCAAGAUUGCCCCUCUGCCUAAGAAUAAAGAAGAAGAGCGGGCGUUCUACAAGAGCCUUCGGUCAUGGUACCCAGGGAAGACUCGUCUGGCUGACAUAGCCUAUCCUCCCCAACCUUCAACAACCGUCCCUGAGGCGCUGUGGCGAACCCUUUUAACGAAUAUCUGGCUCACCACACAUCCUGCACCUGAUGCUUGCAGUGCUCAUUUUGCAAAUUAUCUUGCUCGUAUCUCAGACUCUGCUUCUGAUGCGAAGCAUGAUCUUCGGUUUAAGCAGAAGCCUGAUCCUGAGGAGGGAGAUAUCUUUGCGGUUGCGGUAGAUGAUGCUGGGACUGAUAGAGUGCUUUUCAUAACAGAGAAGGGCUACUUGGGACUGGGGCCAGCGAGAACAGAAGUUGGGGAUGUUGUGAGUUUGAUCGCAGGGGCACAUGUCCCAUUUGUGCUACGGAAGGGGGGUCCAGGAUGGGUUUUGGUUGGGGAGACUUAUGUACAUGGGGUUAUGUAUGGUGAGACCUUGAACAAGGCAGAGUUCCAGCAGGUGGUCAUCGUAUGA